CCACAGGGCAGGGAGGGGAUGCCAGCUCGCAACUGGCCCACAUGCUGGUGUAUGGCGGGUGUUUUAUGGCCCCACAACAACCACAAACUUUACCCUGCCAUUAAAGAUGAUGAAUUGGCUUCCGAUCACCUCCAGCAGCUGUCUGGGGCAAUGAGACACUAUGAAUGGCCAGUUGCGACCCCAGCCUGGAGGAACUUGUAUUGGGAAGGGACAGGCAUGGCUCAUCUUUCUGGCUUGUGAAAUGGGGAGUGAUGGGAGAGUGGUGCACACCAUCUGCAUGAGAGGUGCACCAGCAUCACCAGCAUCUUCAAGGCAAGAUGUUCCAACCUGCCUGGCUCUACCUCUGCAUGGCUGUUCCUCAUUCUCACCAGAACAUGCCUGAAGAAUGAAGAGGUUCACAUGUAGCCCCGGACUGCACUCUUCUGCCAAGGCUCUUUGCAUCUUGAUGGCUGCUGCUCACGUUGUCCUCCUGGCAGAAGCACAUUACCUGCAUGGAGAAAGACUGGAUUUAUUGGGAAGGAAUGAUAAGUUUGUGUCUCUGGUGAACUUCAGCAUCCCUCAGCUGUGCCAAUUCACAGCAUGCAUUGACCUAAAGCGGACUGCCAACGUCAGCUCUUGGGCAGCCUUUUCCUAUGACGCUAACAACUCCUCCUUGGACAUCAAUGAUUUAGAGCUUGGGCUCUCUGGAGAAAACAAGCAAUUGAGGCUCUAUCUUUUUGGCACCAGAAGGGACAUUGAGAUUGACCUGGCCCUUUUUGUGUGGUACAGCGUGUGCUGCUCGUGGGACCCCAGGAAACAACUGCUGGAGGUCUACUGCGACGGUGAGCUCGUGCAUAGCGAAACCAUUGGCAGCGCUGGGUGCUUGAAACCCAACGGGAGCCUGGUGCUGGGUCAUCUGCACAAGAGAAAGGAUGGCUUCAUUGUGCGGGUGAGCAACAGCUUCAUUGGCAGCUUGUACUACUUCCAAAUGUGGGACCGUGUGCUGGGGCAGGAAGAGCUGCUGGACUGCGCCAUGGGCAACACGGUCAGCUGGGAGGAAGAGUAUUGGGACUUCAGCAGCAUCCUGCCCGUUGCGGACCAUCGCCUGCGCUGUGCAGGCUCAAGUGAAGCAUCAUCCACAAGGGCUCCUACGCUGCCCCCGUUGCCUCCGACCGGUAGUGCCAAUGGUACCGUUCCAGUCAGCUUCUUUAGCACUGAGAUGAACUUUUCCCUCUUCUACAAAACUGAGAGAGCUCCUGAUUACUAUGACGCAAGGAACCUCCUCGAAAACUGGUUUCGUAUCAUAUUUACUGGAGAAGAAUUUGUUGUGCCAAACUUUAAAGUCAGGGGUAAUUAUCCACAAAGCAAUGUCUAUAGCAGGCCUCAUGUAAGUAAUUUCUUAGUUUUGAGUUAAAAACUUACUUUUUCUUAUCUCUCCAGGGAGGAUAUAGUAGUUGUGUGGCUUAA